AUGUCCACUCUCACGCAGUUCUGCCCCCCGUCACCCACCUUCACGCCCACCUCUCUCCCCCCUUCCCUCUCUCCCCGCGUCUAUCUCAUCACAGGCGCAACCUCGGGCGUCGGUCUUUCCCUCGCGCAGAUGCUCUACGCCUGCCACGCAACCGUCUACCUCGCCGCGCGCAGCCCCUCCAACAUCACCGCCGCCAUCUCAUCCUUGCGUGCCGCAUGCCCGGACUCCCGCGGCCGCCUCGAGGCCCUGCCACUGGACCUGUCUGACCUAUCCACAGUAGCCCCCGCUGCACGCAGCGUUGUUGAGCGUGAAGAGAGACUCGAUGGGCUGGUGCUUAACGCGGGGGUGAUGGUGCCUGCUGAGGGGACAGCAGCUGCCGGUGAUGUUACGGGAACUGCGAGUGAAGUUGGAGGUUCUGUGACGGAGGGGAGUGGGAGUCGGAGUGUGCGCGUGGUGUGGCUGGCGAGCACGCUGCAAAUUGGCCUGCCCAAGGGUGUCAUCGCGUGGGAUGAGGAAAGGACGGAGCCGCGCGUGCUGAAGAGCCAGAUGGAGAACUACAUGAUGAGCAAAGUGGGCAAUGUGUUUCUGGCGCAGGACACGGCGAGGCGGCUUGGCAGUAAGGGGGUAUUAUCCGUGGCCGUAAACCCGGGGUUCAUCAAGACGGAGCUGCAGCGACACAUGCCCGCGCCCGUAUCCGCCGCCAUGGGAAUGCUCUUCAAAGGCCCCGAGUAUGGCGCCUACAGCGAGCUCUUCGGCCUACUGUCCCCCGAGGUCACGCCCGAGCGGAACGGCGCCUUUGUCAUCCCCUGGGGCCGGUUCGGCGCCCUGCCGGAGAAUGUGCGUGCUGCGAUGAAGACGGAGGAUGGGGGCGGGACGGGCGUCGCAGGGAGUUAG